GGGGGGGGGGGGGGGUCAGCAAGAAAAAAACAAUAGAAAUUCCUGGAAAUCCAUUGUUCUUUUUUUAAAAAUGACCGUUAAUUUCGGACGUCAUAAGUGAACGAACCCUUAUCAGUUGUUUACUUAUGGCUUUCAUCAUUUAGAGGAGAAAGUUGAGGAAUUGAAGCUGCGUGACACUUAAAAAAUCAAACUUCUUCAGUAAUUACCAGUCAAGUCACUCAAUUUAAUCCAAAAUGCUCAUCAAUUAAAUAAAUAGAACGCAAUUUACAAGACUGCAGGACAAUUAGCAGCUUUUUCAUUGAAAUCUUUAAAUCGUCCAUAAAUUCAUUUUUUAUUGCAUUAAACCAAAGUACCCAUAAAAUAUAAAUUCUUUCAAUUAGAAACAUCAAAAAAAAAUAAAAUUAAAAACAAAAAAAGAAGUUUCAAAAUUUACAGUAUAAAAAUCCACAGUCGUUGCCAUCAUUCACGCGAUAAUAGUAAAGAAAUCAAAAGUCUGUAUGAGACAUCAGUAGAAAAGGAAAAGAAAAGCAGGCAGACACACAUCUAGAAGAAGAAAGAAGAGAUUUAUACAGAACAUUAGCACAUCUCUCGUUUCAUUUUUUCGGUCAUUAAACAUACAGUAAAGGAGCUUUGUUGUUGUCGUGCAAAGAUACACUUCAAACAUGCGUGAAAUUGUCUUCAUUCAGAUGGGUCAAUGCGGAAAUAAGAUCGCUGAAAAGUUUUGGGAGAUAAUUGCAAAUGAGCAUUUUAUUAAUCAAUGUGGUCACUUUUAUGGCGAUUCCAUUUUGCCAUAUCAACGUCUUAAUAUUUAUUUUCAAUGUGCACAAGAUUGUCGUUUUGUGCCGCGCUGUGUAGCUGUUGAUCUUGAACCCACACAAAUUACCGAACUUAAAAAUAGCUCAGUCGGACGACUUUUUAAUCCUGAGUAUAUGAUUUCUGGUAAAUAUGGCGCGGGAAAUAACUUCUCAAAAGGUCAUUAUACUGAAGGUGCUGAACUUAUGGAUUGUGUCUUAGAGAAGUGUCGAUUGCAAGCUGAGAAUUGUGACUUACUUCAAGGUUUUCAGAUGGUUCAUUCGAUUGGUGGUGGAACUGGAAGUGGAAUGGGAAGUUUAGCUAUGAAAUGUUUAAGGAACGAUUAUGAAGACAGAGUCAUCAACACAUUCUCAGUCAUUCCAUCAUCAAAAAUUUCACAAGUUGUCACUGAACCUUACAAUGCUGUUCUUGGCAUCUCUGAACUAGUUUUUACAACAGAUGAGAUGAUCAUGUUUGACAAUGAAGCACUUUAUAAUAUUUCAUUAGCAAGUCUACAGCUUCCAAAGCCAAAUCACUGUGACUUAAAUCAUUUGAUCAGUAAAACAAUGGCUGGAGUCACAACGUGCUUCCGCUAUCCAGGUCAAUUAAACACAGACUUGAGAAAAAUCAUGACCAAUAUGUGUCCAUAUCCGCGUCUUAAAUUCUUCAUUCCUGGCUAUGCGCCACUCGAUUCAGCACACAAUAAUUUAGAGUAUAAAAAAAUCACCGUCAAAUCCAUCGUCCAACAACUUUUCUCACCAGAAUUUCGCAUGGCUGAUUUUGAAUGUCAAGAUGAGAAACUUUUAACAUGCGCUGCUAUAUUCCGUGGUCGUGUCUCGUCACGUGAAGUUGAAGAAGCAAUGGUAGAUCUGCAACGUUGUCGCAAGGAAAUGUUUGCACGAUUUAUUCCAAAUAAUAUAAAAACAGCCAUUUGCGACGUUCCACCAAGUGGAAUCGACAUGUCAGCAACUUUAUUGUCGAACACAUCAGCCAUCACUGUCAUUUUCAGGAGAUUAAUUCAGCAGUUUGACAAAAUGUUUGAAAAGCGAGCAUUUAUGCAUUGGUAUACAGGCGAAGGAAUGGAGGAAGAGGAAUUUCGACGAGCUAGAAAUAUCGUUUGUGACAUAUGUGACGAGUACUACGAGACAUGUCAAUUUGAUUGUGAUGAGGAUGAUAACAGCGAUGCUUCUGAGUGCAAUGAUGAAUGCGACUGUAGGACUGAUCAGUAACCAGCAAGAAUUUCCUUAAAACUAGCUUCAAGAGAUUCUUUUUAUUAUGCAGACAGUGUUUUGACAUUUUUAUAGAUUGUACAGCACUUUAAAUUACUGUCAAAACUAAUUUAUUGGAUGCUGAAAUGUUUUGAAUAAACUUUUAAAUUGAACG